GUACAACCUCAAAUUCAACAACUUCACAGAAAUGGGCGCAACAGCAUCAAAGCCAGCUCGCUCAGCAGUCAACGCAGCUUCGCGUCGACAAUAUCCGAAAACAGCAUCGCCGGGGACGACAAAGACAACCCAAAUCAAACAAUUGCCGGAGCAGCACGAAGUAGCUGGACCAACAUAUCAUUCAAAGGAGCAGGCGUCUUCGCUACGGUCAGAGGCAAUUGACCUUGAUGCUCGCGACCCUCAUUUCGCCGCCUCACUACGCUCCAUUGGGCCCGUAACGCCGAACCCUACAUUCUCACAUUCGAGUACAUUCAACCGAUUCCCCGCCUCUCGACAAUCCCAAACAACACCCUCACCAGGCCAUACUGACGGUAGUGGUGUAGCACCAUCCGUCUUCCCCGACGCAAACAAUAAUCCAGCUCUAUUAGUGCUCUCAUCACGCAGUCGAAUCGCAAAAGCCGCCGAGCAAGAACUAGAAUCCAUUGGGCGACAGAGUCAUCAGGGACGAGAGUUUUUGGAUGCAAUGACUAUUCGGCAAGUGUUGACGAUGCGAGAUCGGCAGGGACUCAAGGAUGAGGAGAUUGAGCGGUUGCUGAGGUUGAAGAAAGGUGUUGUUGGGAGAUUGGGGGAGAUGGGAGUUGUUAGUGAGGCUUUUUGA